AAAAAGAAAAAAAAUUUACAAGUGAAAAUUUACUUCAGUUUAUCUGUUCAAAGUGGCACAAAGUCAAAGCAUUCGAAUCUUCUUUGUACAUAAUACUUGUGUAAGAACAGCUUUUCACGAAAGCGCCCAGUUAAGUAUUCAUGUGCAACCCUUUCAUUUGAUAAAAAUCGUGGUACUUCACACGCACCAAAAACAAUCUUAUAUUUUGGCGUUAAUAAACGCACCGCAUCAUAGCUACAUAUAUGUAUGUAUGCUAAUUUAUGUUAAGAGCACAGGUCUCUCAUAUUUGCUGUUGUAUUUCGUGGUAUGUAAUUAUUGCCAAAAAAAAGACGAAAAUAAGGUAAUAAUUUUCUGCGCUCUGGCAUAUGCGUACUUCUGAGUAAAAAGAAUAGGCAAAAUCUAUGUUAAACCCCUUACGCAUAUUAACAGCCGCGGAAGAGAUGACAACCAAAAGUACUCUCUUACAAUCAAUUAAAUUUGCUCUUUAAAAUCCACCUUGCUUGUCAGUAAAAUCUGCAACAUUUUUUUCUUGACAUCUAUGUCUUUAACAUACUGACAUACCACCGACAGUCGGCAUUAUCUUCACUGGCUUCUAAAAUCUAUAGAGAAUCAUACACACUUUGCCGCACAAACAUAACCUCAGUCAACAUAUGCCCUAAAACACACCAGCCCCGAUCACCCGAACAGUUAUCAUACGAGACAAGACGAAAGGGAGAAAGAAAUUGGCAAAUUAUUGAAGUAGCAAAGCCAAAGUCAUCGUCUACUUCGUCUUUACCACUUGAUCCACCUCAGAGUUUGCCAUCGUCAUUUUACCGCCCUUUUUUGGAGUUUUUUAUUUCAAUUCUGUCUUUGCUUUGCAUAGAAAAAAGAGUUGGUACACUCAUCGCAUGUGUACAUAAUAUGUUGUUGCAUUUAUUUGAAGGAGGGACAUCUCUUUGAAAGCAUACGUUUAACAUCAAUACACUCUUUGUUUACUUAUACCACCCGCCUGCUGUGUUACUGCGUGAUGAGUGGCUGCCAUUUCGCACACACGGAUUAAAUCUCUUACCAUCGGCACCAUUACGCAUUCGUCAUAAAGUUGCUGCUGCUUUUAUAUGUGACUGCGCAGCUCCAAAUCUCUUUGAUUUACCACUGCUCUUCUUAAAGUUGCUGCUGCCUUUAUAAGUAACAGCGCACCUCCAAAUCUCUUUGAUCUGCCACUGCUCUCCUUAGAAUUGCUGCUGCCUUUACGAAAAACAGCAUAGCUCCAAAUCUCUUUGAUUUACUUCAUCUUCAUUACAUAUGAGUGGCCAAGUGCACUGCGCAUGUCCAAAUAUAUUCUCUUUUAUUGUUUUUAUAAUAUUGCACAGGGUUGCCGGAUACCCAUUUUCAGAAAUCGACAACGCUAUCCAAGAAAUACCCUAUCCAUUGUUUGUAUAAAUUAUACAACAAUAUUUAAAAAGUUUCAUGAAAUAUCGAUUUCAUUGCCAAUUUGAUUAUACGCACAAGACCUACAUCAAUACGACCAGAUUUUCAACUUUAUAUAUCCGAUCCGGAAAACUGACACACAAGCCCAGCAUCAAUUGCCAAUGUGGCAUCACUGUUUUUGUACAUUGGGAUUUGCCUCAUUUACUGUCACACGAUUUAAUUCUUAGGAAAGAGAGAGGCUUGCGUAAAGUGUUAGAAAGCCGGUAUGUCAUUUUGAUUAAUAACUGAUGCUGUAAAGUUCAUUUCUGAAGAGGAAGAAUAAGAACAUUGUUAAAAGAUUAAAUAGUUAAAAAGAAUUUACAAAAGCAUAGUUUUACAAGAAGGAGACGUUUGGAAAAUUUGUUGAAGUCAAUCAAGAAGUGUUGAAAAUUGCCACAAUAAGCCGGAAAGAAAUUUAAUUUGAAGAAAGUACGGAGAAAUACAGUGAACCAAGAAGUGAAAGAGGGAAAGAGGCGCUAAAAUUAUCAAAGUUGGAAUUUUUUUUUUAUGAUGUGUUCUCUGCACCGUUUGGAAUAACCAGUCUUGAGGUGAAGGAAGUUCCAAUACAUGUAUUCUGGUUGUUAAUUUGGACAGACGACGUUUACCAUUGAUGAUUGUUGGUUUGCCUAACGGUGCACGAAAAUCCAUUCCAAGACGAACACACAUAUGGAUGGUUCUACAAGGGCAGCAAGAGGUGAGAGGCUGACAGUCAAGAAUAUUUGGUAUAGUAGCUCUGCAAAUAGUCUACCAAAGUGCCGCAUCUGCCAUCAAAGGCAUGCACUGAAAAAUUGCUUUCAAUUUAACAAAAUGGAUGUCUUCGAGCGGCGGAAGGUAGUCAAGGAUAAAGGGUUCUGUUUUAAAUGCCUUUGCUCGGCCCAUACUCGUGAUUGGUGCCCUUCCCGAAAAACAUGCUUGGUUUGCAAUAACAACCACCACACCAUGCUUCAUACGGAUAAUAAUAAUAAGAGGAAAGCUAGCCAGCAGAACUACUCUUCAUGGCAAAACAACCAUCCGAAGCCAUCAAGCUCCCAGAACUCGUCUUCUGGACGUCGCUCCAUAACCCCUUCCAGUUCACGGAGAACAUCCAAUAUGAGACGCCACCGUUCGCCAAAACCAUCCGUACAUGAAAGGUUAAGUCAGCGAUCGAAAUCACAUGUAUUUUCUCCUACAGCUUUGGCACGUGCUCUGACUACAAACGGUCCUGAUAAAAUUCGGCUGAUGCUAAACUCUGGUGGAAUACAGACCUUCAUAUUGCGUUCAAUGGUUCAGCGGCUACAUCUUCAGACUAUACGGAAAGAACACACUGAUUUCUGCACUGUUACUCUGCAGUCCUAUCAUGAUCCCUCAGUUAAAAUACAAAUAACUGGAAUUGUCAAAUCCAAGUUCGACAUUCCUCUGCCCAAAGAUACUGUUGAGAAAGAAUUGCAAUCUAUAUACGAUCAUAUCACCACGUUAGCUGACCCGCACUUCUUCAAGCCGUCGGACAUUGAAAUUAUAAUUGGAAAUGAUCAAUUGUCCAAAAUACUUCUGGCUGGCAUGAUUCAAACCUCCUCGUCCAUGCCCAUAGCCCAAAGCACCAUCUUCGGUUGGAUUAUAUCCGGAGCUUGUACGUACUAAAUUGCAAUGCUGCAAGGGAGGCGGCAUGUUGAACUCCGUUCUACAAAUUAUUGAACUUUAGAAAUUAAGAAAUGAAUUAACUGAAAUACUUAAUGAAUUGAAUUCUUAGAUACCAUUAAUUAAACAAAGCGGUCACCUUAAACCCUUUCUUUGUCAUA